AUGGGUAUCGAAUAUGAAUGUGCUGGUGUGAUUAAAGAAAUUCUGAGCAAUGUGAAGGAUCUUGUCCUUGUUGAUUGUGUAGCUCUUGAGCCUGGAAUUAGCUGUUGGGGAUGUACACAAUGCAAAGAAGGCCGAUAUAAUCUUCGCCCGGAUAUGAAAUUUUUUGCCACUCCUCCCGUCCACGGAUCUCUUGCCAAUCAGGUGGUGCAUCCAGUGGAUUUAUGUUUCAAAUUGUUUCAACAAGACAAUGACAAUGGCUCUCACCGCCACACGUGCUGGCAACAAAGUGUGUCUGGUAGGGAUGGGCCACCAUGA